AUGGAAGCCCAAUUGCCCACAGCCCAUAACCCGUUUACCGACUCAGACCCGGAAUUCACCAGCUGCUUCUACUUCCAGUCCACCGACGGUCGGGCUCUAAUCUUCGACCUAGUAAGUGUAUCCGGUAUCCCCAACCCCAAAGUCAAAACCCUAAUCCUCCCCCACCGGUCCGCAAGUCCAAACUGCCAUCGCCUCCCCCUAGCUGUCGCCUAUGGCCUGCCACUUGCCAGGCCAACUAAAAAAGAAGAACUGAAGAAAAGAAGCCGUAGGCGAUGUAGCUUCUAUUUGCACCCAUGUGAAGGUUCUACAGUGCAGAUUCUCACACAAGGAAAACUUGGUGCCCCUCGCAUUGUGAAAUUAUACUUUCAACGAAAAAGGAACGUAGAUAAUAUUGAUGAGGGGAUAUCAAAUAAUGUGGAAUUUGAUAUCAAAAAACUUCCAACUGAUCCUGGUCUAAGGAUACUCAUUUUGGAUUACAAUGCUAACAUCCGAGAUGAAGUUCGAAAAGCAUAUAUGUUAAAGGGUCCUUAUCAGCCCCAAGAUCAUGACUUUCCAAAACGACAAUUUGAAGUAACAAUUAGACGAUUCAAUCCUUCGUGGUUUAAAGAGUUCAGUAGUUGGUUGGAAACAAGUUCUGGAAAGCGAGGUGGAGGUGAGUCUUUUGUUGGCGAAGGUUUUACAUAUUGGAAAGAUAAAAAAAGGCUUCAUACUCAUAACAAGCAAGAUGUAUAUGUUACACGUCUUAAUGCAUCCAUUGAUUGUGUUCGACUUCUUUUACGACAAGGGCACUCAUUACGAGGUCAUGAUGAAUCUGAGGAUUCUCUCAAUCCAGGUAACUUCUUAGUGCAAUUGCAAUUUUUGGCUGCUCAUAAUGAAGUUAUUAAUGCCGUCACAUUGACAAAUGUUCCUCACAAUUGCAAAUUGACAUCACCUGAUGUUCAAAAGGAUAUAGUAAAUGUUUGUGCUAUUGAAACGAUCAAUGUUAUCAUCAAAGAUGUUGGCGACUCACUAUUUUCUAUUCUAGUUGAUGAAUCUUGUGAUAUGUCAAUGAAGGAGCAAAUGUCUAUUAUUUUACGUUAUUUAGACAAUAGUGGGCAUGUCAAUGAACAUUUCAUAGGGAUUGAACAUGUUACAAGUACCACGGCUCUAUCACUUAAGGCUACAAUUGAUAAGGAAGGUCCAUGUGCCUUUUACAUUCAUUGUUUUGCUCAUCAACUCCAACUUGCGCUUGUGGCUGUGGCAAAGAAGAACUUCUCUAUUACUAACUUCUUUCGUGUGGUUGGAGGCGUGAUAAAUACUGUUGGAGCAUCUUCCAAACGUUGUAAUCUUCUUCGAGAAAAACAAUUAGACUUUAUUGUUGAGGCAUUGAAAAAUCGCUCUGGUGAUACACGAUGGAGUUCACAUUAUAAUUCUUUGAUCAGCUUGCUUGCCAUUUUCUCUUCUGUUUUAGAUGUACUUGCAAUAAUUGUUGAAGAUGAAUCUUGUUCUUGUGAUCAAAGAUCUGAUGCAACAAAUUUAUUGGAAUUGAUACAAAAAUUUGAUUUUGCAUUUAAUCUACAGUUGAUGAGAAAUGUCUUGGGAAUGUCAAAUGAACUGUCAAAGGCAUUGCAAAGAAAAGAUCAAGAUAUUGUGAAUGCAAUGCAAUUUGUGAGAUUGUCCAACGACGACUCCAAAUAA